CUCGGCCCCCCCCCUUCCAAAAAAAGUGCCCCUUCUCCUCGGCCCGCCGAACUCUGGCCGACUGUGCCUCCACGCCGCUCGUUCGAAAAGACAAGAAACGGAAAGAGAAAAGAGGAAUUAACAAGCACCGGCGCAAAAAUGGCGAAGCAAACAAACCUCAAGGAGUUCGAGGCCGUCUUCCCUAAGCUGGAGAAGGUUCUCCUCGAACAUGCCGAGCAGUACAAGCUCCCGAAGCAGGUCGUCGACUGGUACAAGAAAUCCCUCGAGGUCAACACCCUUGGCGGAAAGUGCAACCGCGGCAUGUCGGUGCCGGACUCGGCGUCGCUGCUCUUGGGGCGCCCCCUAACCGAGGACGAGUACUUCCGGGCCGCGACGCUGGGUUGGAUGACGGAGCUGCUGCAGGCCUUCUUCCUGGUGUCUGACGACAUCAUGGACGGCAGCAUCACGCGGCGCGGCAAGCCCUGCUGGUACCGCCACGAGGGCGUCGGCAUGAUCGCCAUCAACGACGCCUUCAUGCUCGAGUCGGCCAUCUACACGCUCCUCAAGAAGUUCUUCCGCUCCCACCCGCGCUACGUCGACCUGCUCGAGCUGUUCCACGAGGUUACCUUCCAGACCGAGAUUGGCCAGCUGUGCGACCUGCUCACCGCCCCCGAGGACGUCGUCAAUCUCGACAACUUCAGCAUGGAGAAGUACCGCUUCAUCGUCAUCUACAAGACGGCCUACUACAGUUUCUACCUGCCCGUCGCCCUGGCGCUGUACCUGCUCGACAUCGCCACCCCCGGGAACCUCAAGCAGGCCGAGGAUAUCCUCAUCCCGCUGGGCGAGUACUUCCAGGUGCAGGACGACUACCUCGACAACUUCGGCCUGCCCGAGCACAUCGGCAAGAUCGGCACCGACAUCCAGGACAACAAGUGCUCGUGGCUGGUCAACCAGGCGCUGGCCAUCGUGACCCCCGAGCAGCGCCGCGUGCUCGAGGAGAACUACGGCCGCAAGGACAAGACCAAGGAGGCCGCCGUCAAGAAGCUGUACGACGAGCUCAAGCUGGAGCAGCGGUACAAGGAGUACGAGGAGAAGGCUGUCGGCGACAUCCGCGGCUUGAUCGACAAGAUCGACGAGUCCCAGGGCCUGAGAAAGGGCGUCUUCGAGGCCUUCCUGGCCAAGAUUUACAAGCGCAGCAAAUAA